CUUGCGUAUCAUGUGUUAUUGCUAGAUGUCAAUUAGAAAAACGACUGAGAAAUAAACAUCCUCAGAUUUACAUUACUGCUUUGAAUGUUACAAAUUUAAUAGCUACGUUUAAACUGUCUCGUUUCGCUGCAAACACAGUAGUUUCAUGUUAGGAAGCUUUGAAGGAUGAAGGUUAAACUUUGGUCAUGUCGACGCCUAUUGAAAUCGACAAUAAUUUGCACCCCGUCGACGAGGAUGCUUGCGCCCAGAACACGAUCGAUCGAAUCGAUUCGACGGUGACAUAUAACGAUUUCUUCUCCAAAUACUUGAUACCUAAUAGACCGUGCAUCAUUAGCUCGCAAGCAACGGAGAGCUGGCCGUGCAGACGCGAAUGGGUACUAGACGGUGCACCCAACUUCAAUGUGCUUCGUACAUUGUUCGGACAUUCUGUUGUCCCAGUUGCCGAUUGCAAUAGAAAAUUUUACAACUCGCAACUGAAGGAUGACAUGUCUAUGAGAAGCUACCUGGAAUAUUGGGUCGAUUAUAAGCAGAACGGUUAUUCUAAAUCAAUGCCGUUGUUGUAUCUGAAAGAUUGGCAUUGUACAAAACACUUUCCCAAUAUUUCAGUUUAUGAGGUACCUCAGUACUUCGUUUCUGACUGGUUGAACGAGUAUUACAUCGCUCAUCCUGAAUUAAGCGACGAUUACAUGUUCGUAUACAUGGGGCCAAAAGAGACUUGGACUCCGUUACACGCGGACGUUUUCACGUCAUACAGCUGGUCGGCAAAUAUAGUUGGGAAAAAGAGAUGGCUACUUUUCCCUCCGCACGAGGAAGAUCACCUUCGUGACUUGUAUGGGCAGUUAGUGUACGAUGCAGUUUCAGAGGAACUUAACGAUCACACGAAAUACAGGACAUAUAAUAGCAAAGAGUUAAGAUCCUUCGACGUGAUUCAAGAGGCGGGAGAGAUUAUAUUUGUGCCAUCUGGAUGGCAUCAUCAAGUUUGGAAUUUGGAGGAUACAAUUUCUGUUAAUCAUAACUGGAUCAAUGGCUGUAAUAUUGCCAAUGUGUGGUUAGCGUUAAAGAGAGAAUUGAGGUCGGUCAUGAAGGAAGUCGAAGACUGUAAAGAUAUGAACAACUGGAACGAACAUUGUCAAUUGAUGCUGAAGGCUUCGUACGGCAUGGACUAUAAACAGUUUCUCAAGUUUAUAUCGUUUAUUGCAAAGAAUCGUUUACAUGCUAUGAUAAAAAAGAGUCAAGUUAUAAGUUUCAAUAAGUAUUGUUUUGGACGUAAUCACUGCUCGUUUGAUUUGCGGGCAUUGAAAGGUGUACUAGAGGAUGUUGUCGCAGACGCGCAAAAUCUGUCUGUGUACGAUUUAAUGUGUGAAAAUAACGAAGCCCGUGUACUACUAGAAGAUAUCACUUCUUUUCUCGAGACAUCCUGUAACAUUGAAAAUGUAAUUUCCUUUGAUGAAAAGGAAAGCAAAACUCAAUAAAUCAAUUGAUAAACUAAA